AUGCCGACCCAGGCUGCUCUGGCUAAGAAGUAUGUGCCUGUGGAUACAAGGGAGCUUUUCUACAUGCUAUUAUGGGCCUUAUGGGUGGAACACAAUGCCACAGUCUGGAGGGGGUCUACUUUCAGACCUUUGAACACAGCGGCCUGGGCGUCGAAAUUAUUGAGUGACUAUCAAGCAGUGCAUCCGACUCAUGUGAAGAGGAAGAUGAGACAAAGGACCAAAUGGCUGCUUCCACCGAGUGGGAGACUCAAACUGAAUACGAAUGGAGUGUACCAUGGCUCAACUGGACAAGGAGGAAUUGGUGCUGUUACCAGAGAUGAGUUUGGUGUGUGUUUAGCUGCAAUUGCACGGCCCUUUUCCCAUGUUAGCUCGGCUUUCCAGAUGGAGUUGGAGGCUAUGAGAGCGUGUCUUCUACUAAUUAUUCACCAAGGCAUGGAUGGUGUGGACAUUGAGACCGACUAUGCCACGGUGGUUACAGCACUUAAAGGAAAUAUGGAAGAUCUUUCAUAG